AUGAUUAGCCAAGUAUAUAAAAAUGGAUUCAAAUAUGCAUAUAGAACAUCACUAUUGAUGAUUACAUGGGUUCCCGUAAUGAUUGUUAUGAAUGAACAUAUUUGUUAUGUUGGAAAAAUUGAAGGUUCAUCAAUGAGACCAACUUUAAAUCCUUCAUCUAAGGCAAGUGAUUGGGUAUUAUUAUGGAAAUGGGGUAUUAGAAGCUAUAAUGGUAUACAAGUAAAUGAUGUUGUACUGUUUAGAUCUCCAACAAAUCCUGAAAAAAUUUAUUGUAAAAGAGUUAAAGGUGUUCAAGGUGAUACUAUAUUAACAAGAUAUCCUUAUCCAAGAGAACAAUGUCAUAUACCAAGAAAUCAUUUAUGGGUAGAAGGUGAUAAUGUCCAUUCUAUUGAUAGUAAUACAUUUGGUCCUAUAAGUACUGGGUUAGUUAUUGGUACUGCAACAAGAAUUAUAUUUCCUUUUUCAAGAUGGAUGGAAAUACCCAAUGGUGGUAGAGAGGCAAGAAUUACAAAAUUAGAUGCAUUUGUGGAUUAA